AUGGCAGUGUCCCGGAUCCAGGACCGCACGGUCGAGUUCCGCACGGUGGUGCAGCAGGCACAGCGACGUCAUGUGCAGUCGUCCAAGGGAGCGGCGACAGCGCAGAAGAAGCGAGCGAUGAUGUUUGCUGGCGGAGGCGCAUCGGUCUCGCAACAACAACAGCAGCCGCUGCUGGCGCCAGGCGCGUACAACGACGGGACGCUGGCGGACGAGCAGAGCGGUGCAGCGGCAGGCCACGUGAGACGGUCAGAAUUUGCGCGGCGAGCAGCAGAGAUUGGGCGAGGGAUCUCGGCGACGAUGGCAAAGCUGGAACGGCUGGCAAUGUUGGCAAAACGGAAGAGCAUGUUUGACGACAAGGCGACGGAGGUGAACGAGCUGACGUUUGUGGUGAAGCAAAACCUGGCAUCGAUCAACCAGCAGAUCUCGGGGCUGCAGGCACUUUCACGACAGCAACAGGGCGGCAAGUCGGAAGAGGGCGAGCAUCGCAAGAACGUGGUGUACCUGCUGCAGGACCGGCUGACGGGCGUGUCGGCCAGCUUCAAGGAGGUGCUGGAAGUGCGGACGAAGAACCUGCAGUCGACGCGGGCACGCACAGACAACUUCAUCUCACAGGUGGCGCCGCCAGUGCAGCAGCAUGGGGCUGGUGGCGGCAGCCUGCACCAGCAGUCAGCCUCGCCGCUAUAUGCAGCUGCGACGACGGGCAGCAGCAGCGGCAGCGGCCGAAACACACCGGCACUGCGCGGCGGGCCUGCAGCGGCGUCGGGGCUUCUGCUCGAUGGCGGCAGCGGCGGUGGCGAUCUGCUCUCGCUCAACCCGGUCGUCAGCGACCAGCAGCUGAUGAUGAUGGAGGAGGCACAGCCGUCAAACACGUACAUUCAGCAGCGCGGCGAUGCGAUCGAGGCGAUCGAGUCGACCAUUGCAGAGCUGGGGUCCAUCUUUGGGCAGCUGGCUUCGAUGGUGUCGGAGCAGUCGGAGAUGAUUGAGCGGAUCGAUGCGAAUACCGAAUCUGUGGUGGACAACGUGCAAGGCGCUCAGAAGGAGCUGCUCAAGUAUUGGGGCCGUGUCUCGGGCAACCGGUGGCUGAUUGCCAAAAUGUUUGGCGUGUUAAUGAUCUUCUUCUUGCUCUGGGUGUUGAUCGCCGGCUAG